AUGUUCCUUCGUCCAUUAGCGUCUAACCUCCAACAGAAAACGACUUCCACGUUCAUUUCCAACGUCAUCGUAAUCCUCAACCAUUCUUUGCACGACCAAACUUUCGCAGCUAACUCUUCGUCAUCAUCGCACUUUCACUUCCCCCAACACAUUUCACAAACGAACUCCCUAAUCGCUUCGCACGUUCGCCGAGGCGACCCUGUCUCCGCAUGGAUCCUCUUCCACUCUCUACGUCGCGCGCGUGCCGACGUCGACGCCUACACCUUCACCUCCGUCUUGCGCGCUUGUCCUCUCUUGCAUAUCUCUCAUCUCGGGACACAAGUCCACGCUCAAAUGCUCAAAACCGGUGCUGAUUCCGGAACCGUCGCGAAAACCUCGCUGGUGGGCAUGUACUCGAAGUGUGGGUCUCUGGAUGAAGCAGUGAAGGUAUUUGACGAAAUGGGUCACCGAGAUGUUGUCGCUUGGAACGCUUUGCUUUCGUGUUUUCUGCGGUGCGAUCUUCCGUUUGAGGCUGUUGGGGUUCUCGGGGCUAUGGGGAGGGAGAAUGUUGAGCUUAGUGGGUUUACUUUGUGUUCCGCGUUGAAGUCUUGUGCUUCUUUGAAGGCGUUGGAGCUUGGACGGCAGGUUCAUGGUUUGGUGGUCAGUAUGGGGCGUGAUAUGGUUGUUUUGAGCACUGCUCUUAUUGAUUUUUACUCCAGUGUUGGGUGUACUGAUGAUGCUUUGAAGGUGUUUUGUAGUUUGAAGGGUUGGAAGGAUGAUAUGAUGUAUAAUUCUUUGGUUUCUGGCUGUGUUAGGAAUAGGCGGUACAGUGAUGCGUUUAAAGUUAUGGGCUUGGUGAGGCCCAAUGCCGUUGCGCUUACCAGUGCUCUGGUGGGGUGCUCUGAAAAUUUGGAUUUGUGGGCAGGGAAGCAGAUGCACUGUGUUGCGGUUCGGCUGGGUUUUACUCUUGAGACUCAGCUGUGUAAUGCCCUGUUAGAUAUGUAUGCGAAAUGUGGGAAGGUUUUGCAUGCCCGGUCGUUGUUUGAUGGAAUUUGUGAGAAGGAUGUGAUUUCCUGGACUUCUAUGAUUGAUGCGUAUGGAAGAAAUGGGCAAGGGCGUGAAGCUGUUUUGCUGUUUCAGGAGAUGAUGGAGGAAGGGAGGAAGGUGUUGCCGAAUUCCGUUACUUUUUUGUCUGUUUUAUCGGCUUGUGGUCACUCUGGAAUGGUGGAGGAAGGCAAAAAAUCUUUCAAAUUGUUGAGAGAGAAGUAUGGUCUUGAACCAGAUCCGGAGCACUAUGCUUGCUACAUAGAUAUCUUAGGCCGAGCGGGUAACAUAGAAGGGGUAUGGUCUGCGUACCACAAUAUGGUUGAACAGGGUACUAGGCCUACUGCGGGAGUAUGGGUAGCGUUGUUGAAUGCUUGCAGUCUUAAUCAGGAUGUUGAAAGAGGUGAAUUGGCUGCAAAGCAUCUCUUGCAGUUAGAACCCAAUAAAUCUAGCUAUAUAGUUCUUGUAUCAAACUUCUAUGCAACCAUUGGCAGGUGGGAUCGUGUUGAUGAGCUGAGAAGCAUCAUGAGGACAAAAGGGUUGGUCAAAGAAGCUGGGAAUAGUUGGAUCAAUGUUCCGGGCUUCAACCAACAUGCCAGGUCACUACCUGCUUGA